CCCAAAACACCAUCACCAGCUGCACAUGUAACGUGCACAGACUUAUGAGUAUUGACUUCAUGUGUCUCAACCUUGAGAUGUGAAAUACUUUGUGUCAGUAGAUUUUUUUUAACCAAAAUUGCAAGGCUGAUCAUAUAACAUAAUUAUCUUUGCAGUCAACGACGAUGUCGACCAGAACGGUUUUACGUUUAGUCAUUCUGUCCGUCUUCCUGUUUCUGUGUUAUCUAUCAUGUUGUGUUGACAAAAGUGAAGGUGCAUACUCUAAAGCUCACUUGAUGUGGGUGUACAGACGUCAGAGACGGGUGCAUGCCGGGAUACGUGUAAGACGCGUUGGCGGAUAUGGCCGACGUCCGGUUCACAAACCCCACGUGACCCAGCGUCAGUGGCGGACCAGACGUAAGGUUUAUAAAAGAGUGACGGUGAAGGUCUCAAGACAGCAAAGAAAGAAAGCAAGACAACAAAGGAAGAACAGGCCGUCCUCAACCUCCUCAUCAAGACGUGUGGUGUAUUCCAGGCGAUACGGCCACAGAGUGUACUACAACCGUGCUGUCCAGCCGUUCCCGGGGAGCACCAUCACCCACAGGACGGUCAACACUGGACCUGUACUACCCCCUAUAUACCUGCCGCCCAUCCUACCCAAUGGGUGCGGCGGAAGGUGCGGACGGAACGCUGUCUGUCUCGGGGGACACACCUGUGUGUGUCUUCCCACCUACAAGGGGAAUCCCCUUACUGUUUGUCAUCCAGGAGGUGGACCGUGUGGAAACAGAUGUGGAAUCCGAGCUCGCUGUCUCACCGGAACCGGAAAAUGUGUUUGCAAUCCGGGAUACUAUGGAAACCCGUUGGUAGCUUGUUUCCCAGGGUACCGGUGCCGGCGCGGUUGUGGAGUUAAUGCUGUUUGUGACAGAAGACAAGGUCUCUGUAAAUGUCGUCCAGGCUACAUCGGUAACCCUCACUACCAGUGUGUGUCCCUGGCUGGAUGUCGUGGCGGAUGUGGGCCCAAUGCUGUAUGUAACAGAAAACGCCACGCAUGCGUGUGUGUCAAAGGAACAGGACCUAAUCCAGUCAUAGGAUGUAAACCACGAAAUGGUUGUAAAAGGCAUUGCGGGAAAAAUGCCUUUUGCGACAAGAGGACAUUUAAAUGUCAAUGUUAUCGAGGGUUCCAUGGCAACGCAAACAGUGCUUGCAAUCCAUUGCCAUGCGAAGGGCGUUGCGGAAAGAAUGCUCUAUGUAAGAACGGCGCAUGCGUAUGUACCACCGGAUGUGCUGGUGAUCCAUACACCAGAUGUUUCUAUGUACAAUGAUACAUAUUUAUUUGCUUUUACCUUAAAAAAAAAAGCUCAUGACUUUAUAAAAAAAAAUUGUAACAAUUUCUGCACAAUAAUGAGUUUUUUUGUUUUUUUUUUUAUCAAAUGUGUAUGAAGUGUAUAUAAAUACUUAUUACAGGAAAACAAUAUUAAGAAACGUUUAACAAGUUGUCAUAAGAAUUACAAAGUGAGGCAACGUGUGUGCCUAGACCGGCCAAUGUUUGUUCUACCAUUGGCCCAUUGUAUUAUAGGUUGACCAAAUUUGGUACAAAAAAUAUAUAUAACUUUUCAUGGUAUGUUCCCCAGCAUGUUAAGCAAUAAAUAUCCUUAUAAAAGAGCUUUGUAUGAAUAUAUAGCAGAAUAAUAAAAUUUCAAAACAAUUGAAAAAUA